GAGCGGACAAUCCCUGCAGGGCUCGUGCCUCAGUCCCGCUUGAUGAGACUUUGUGGCUUCGUCGGCGCGUUCUCAAUCUUCUUGCCCACCCGUCCACAACAACAUUGUACAAGUAAUGGCCCCCAUUUCUCUAUAGCCCUCCAGCGCUUCGUAGAACUACAUCUAAUUUUUAAAAAAAAAACGAAAAUGGGCGCGGUGAUGGCUCUGCCUACAGCAGCCGGUGGUACCCACCACAUUCUCCCAGCUCAAGCGUUUGAGCUCGGUCCCACAACCGUUGCUGGAGGCAUACCGGGAUUCAACGUACUGAACAAUGUCUGGUACAGAGACAGAACCUUCUUUUACCUUGAAAAUGAGGAUGCCGGCGAGCCCGUACUAUCGCCUGAUCAUCUAUUGACUUACUCGGGAAGUGGAUCUGGGACCAAGGGUUUCGAACGUAUCCAAUGGGAGCAGUCGGCAGCGACUCAGCAUAGACGCGCUGAAGAGCGGAGUCUGGGCACGAAAGAUACGACCAUAUUACACGGGACCACACGUGAGUCAUAUCGUUCUUGUCAGCAGGAGCAGCUCUGCCCGACCUUCUCUGUGACAAUCUGCGGGAUCUACUGUACGCAAGAUUCUCAUCUCUCCUCUCAGUAUUCUUCAAUGACGGCUAUGACAACAAAUGGUCAGGCUACAAGUGGCUCUAUCACAUGGUGGCCGAAGCACUCCUCGGAUCCCUCGCCGUCCUCUCCUCAGUGGAACCCCUUCCCAACGACUUUGCCCUCCGCGCUGCAGCUGGCGAUUGGGCGUCUUCUACCGAUAGAUUAGCUGGAGGAGAAAGUGAAGGACUGCCGGAUCGGUUGAUUGUUGCGUGGGAUCAGCUCUGGGAUGCGAGGUACGGUCUGCCGAGGACUGUCGCAGAAUCGGUGUUUGGUGACGACAACUUGAUUGAACCUGAUGAAUGGAGAGAUAUGUCGGGUGAUGGUUGGGUAUACUUCGAAAGAAUCCUCCUCCUCGAUCGUUCUGUUUCCCACCGCUUCAACCCUCUUUCUCAACAAUGGCUCAAAAUGGCUCUCGACGCCUACCAACUAGCUCCCUCCCCAGACUUCUUCACCCCCCUCCGCCGCGCUCUCCUUUCCUUCUACAACAUCCCUUCUCUCACACGUCCUUCGCCCGGGAUGAGCGUAAACUUCAAGAGGCCGAAGAUUGUUUAUGUUGAGAGGCAGAGCACAAAGAGGAGAUUCGAAGCGCAGGUGCAUGAAGAUCUGGUGAAGAGGUUGGAGAGGUUGGAGAAGAUGGGAGAGGCGAAGGUGGGAUUGGCGGUGUUGGAAGGGAUGGAGAAAAGGGAGCAGUUCAAGUUGUUCGCUGACGCUGAUAUCAUCCUGGGGAUCCACGGUAAUGGCCUCACCCACGAACUUUGGAUGCCCUCUGGCGGUAUCAUGAUUGAGAUCCUCCCUCCUGGCGACUUUCACUACGACUACGCGCCUGUGUCUAUAGCUCUAGGACAUGAGCACCUGAUAUGGCAGAAUGACAGACUCUUUCCUCGGGAUAUGUGGUUACCACAAAACACGGGAAAUGGAAGUCUUAUACAUGACGGCUCUUCCAUCCCGCUCGAUGUGGAUUCGUUGAUAACGAUGGUAGAGGCCCUUGUGAAGAGCAUGACUUUCUCAUAUCAUUAGUCAUAGACUGUUCUGCGUCAGUCAAAAUGUUGAUUUGUCCGCUCGUCUACCUUUUUGAUAUGUGCCAUGUACUAUAGUGUAGUGUGAUCAGCACACAGUACAGUAUGAGCUGGCCCGCAGUGACUCGUCCAUAACCAGUCGUCUCACAUCCAAACCAGCAGCUGCCAGCACUAGGUUGCUAAAGUUUAUGAGACCGCCUUUUCCCGGAAUCCAAUUACGAUGAUCUUGUCCAUUGUAUUGGAAGUCUUUUAUGUGACCCGUAAGCGUAGCCGCU